GGCGGUGUCGGGCGGGUGCGCGGGGCGGCCGGGAGCGGCCGGGCCGGGGCUGCGGCGGGCGAGCGAGCGGCCGGGCCGGGCCGGGCCCCGCCAUGGCGGCCGAGGGGAAGGUGACGGGGCAGAGCCAGGAGCAGUUCCUGCUGCUGGCCAAGGCGGCCCGUGGCGCCGCGCUCGCCAGCCUGAUCCACCAGGUGCUGGAGGCCCCGGGCAUCUACGUGUUCGGGGAGCUGCUGGACAUGCCCGCCGUCCGCGAGCUGGCCGACAGCGAGUUCUCCCCCGUGUUCCGCCUCCUUACUAUCUUCGCCUACGGCACCUACGCGGACUACCUGGCUGAAGCAGCAAACCUCCCUCCCUUGACAGAGGCCCAGAAGAACAAACUGAGGCACCUGUCAGUCGUCACUCUGGCUGCCAAGAUCAAGUGCAUCCCCUACUCAGUGCUGCUGGAGCAGUUGCAGCUGAAGAAUGUCCGGCAGCUGGAGGACCUGGUGAUUGAGGCUGUGUAUGCAGAUGUGCUGCGAGGGAGCUUGGAUCAACGGAACCAGCGCCUGGAGGUGGAUUACAGCAUUGGGAGGGACAUCCGGAGGGAGGAGCUUAGCACCAUCACCCGCACAUUGCAGGAGUGGUGCCAGGGCUGCGAGGUCGUGCUGUCGGGCAUUGAAGAGCAGGUCAGCCGGGCCAACCAGCACAAAGAACAACAGCUGGCCCUGAAGCAGCAGAUCGAGAACGAGGUGGCAAACCUGAAGAAGACCAUUAAAGUGACAACAGCAGCCGCUGCAGCAGCCACGUCCCAAGACCCAGAGCAGCACCUCACGGAGCUCAGGGAGCCGGCCCCUGGCACCAACCAGCGCCAGGCGAGCAAGAAAACCUCCAAAGCCAAAGGGCUCCGGGGCAGCACGAAGAUUUGGUCUAAGUCAAACUAGUUGGAUCUCCCUUCACAACUGGGAGGGCAGCGUCUCCCUCCUUUUCAUCGCAGCAUUUCACACUCUGAGCUUCAGGUUGUACGCGUUGCUGUUUCCCCAACUGCUCAAGCCCCUUCGCCACGGCCACGUGUUUCUCUCUUUCUCUCUCCCUGUCUUUUGACAGGUCAAUUUCAGGAGCCAUAGAGGUGUGACAGUCACCUUGGCACCCCCAGGGCAUCACAAGAGCUUGGAAAGAGGGUGCUGGUGCGCAGCAGUCGUUUUGGCUCUAGCAGACCCCCUGGGAUACUUUGCUCCAGGACACCGUCUUUGAUUGUUUAAUCUUUGUUUUGCUAGGUGGGAGGGUAGUUUUUGAAGGGAUUCUUUUAAAAAAUAUAUAAAUAUAUUAUAAAUAUAUAUAAAACAAUAAAAAUAUAGAUCUAUGGACAUAUCUAUACAAACCUGCGCUCCUGUGGGUGGCAUCUCUUUGCCUUGUACACCAAUUCUGAGGGUUCCAAAAUAAGCUGUGAUAUUUAGAGCCUUUGUCCCAUUUUGGGGUGGAAUAUCCUUAAAACACUAGGUUCCUUUUUCAGAGGUAGUGCCACAGUACCUCUAUUGGGAUGAGAGUCCAUAGAACAGAAAUUAAUCAUAAAUCUUAUUUAAAG